AUGCUGAUGUACUCACUCUCAGCCCAGGAAGCAGACCUGGCUCUGUGUCGCUGUGAGGGAGGCGUGGAGCUGGCCCUGCAGUAUGCCAAGAUGUGGUGCCGCUACGCCAAGGACCUGCUGGCCUGGAUGGAAAAGAGAAUCAGCCUGGAGCAAGAGUUUGCCAAGAACAUCAUAAAGGCAGCAGAAACAGCUAAAUCCUGUGUGGCUCAGCAGGACAUGAUGCCUCUGCAGUACAUCUACACCAUGGCCCUGGAGCACGAUGUGAAGACCAGCCAGUCUACUAAACAGACAUCAGAACUGCUGCAGCAACGCUGCUACCAGGCCCUGGCAUCCAAGAAGAAUGAGAUUGAUAAGUGGCGCAGGGAGUUCAAGGAUCAGUGGUCCAGAGAACAGAGGAGGAUGAAUGAGGCGGUGGCGGCUCUGAAGAAGGCUCGUCAGCAGUACCUGCAGCGCAGCGAGGACCUGGAGAAGACCAAGGCUGUGACGGCCAAGGCCGGGGACGAGCUCACAGCGGGAAACAAGACCCUGGACAAGAGGAGGAAGUCACGUGACGACGCACAGUCAAAGGUGAUGGAGGCAGAGAUGCAGUACAGACAGUGUGUGUGUGAGGCCCAUGACCACCAGGACAAGCUGGAGAGCUUGAAGGAGAAAAUCAUAGUUCACACCCGCAAACUCAUCUGCCAGGGGGACACUGUGCUCAAGGAGGCCACAGUGAACAUGUUCUACUUCCAGCGUCAGCAGACGGAGCCGGUUCCCCUGGGCUACCACAACCUGGAGUUGACCUGCAGGCCGUGUGAACCCGGGGAGCCCUACCUGCUCUACAUCUUCAGGAAGAGAAGCCAAGAACAGCCCCUACAAACCUUCACCUUCCAGGAGUUUGUCCCUCCGAACAAGAGUGGCCGUCGUAAGACCAGCAACCCCAGCUCUCUGCAGGACUCCUUCUCCCUGCCUGAAGAAAGUCUAGUUAAACGAAAGGGCUACAGUGACAGUGAGAGCAUAGGAGGCAGUCUGGAGUCUCUGUCUAGCCCAGCCCAUGGCAACAGGAGGCUUCUUAAAGCCUCCUCCACAGGGACCAUGUCAUCAGACGACCUGGACGAGAGGGACAUGGGCACCGUCCUGGAAGGAGAUUGUGCGGACUCCACUCCAGAGGGGAACGGUACGGUGGGGAAGGUACGGACUACGUCCCGAGCCGCGCUGACGCACCGCUUCCGGAAGAUGAAGAGCAAGAUGGUGAAGUGCAAACAGUGUGACAACUACAUCGUGGUCAACGGCAUCGAGUGUGAGGAGUGUGGCGUGGCGGUCCACAGGAAGUGUCUGGAGGUGUUACAGCAUGAGUGUGAGAACAGGAAGGGCGUUCUGUUUGGCGUGGGUUUCUCCCUGUUGCCCCGGGACCGGCCUGACGAGGUGCCCUAUGUGGUCCAGCGCUGCACGGCCGAGAUAGAGAGCAGGGCCCUUACUCUACAGGGGGUGUAUCGUAUCAGUGGGUCGAAGCCUCGUAUCCAGAAGCUGUGUCAGGUCUUCGAGACCCAGGGGGACCAAGUCGACCUCUCUGACCUUUCGCCUCAUGACGUCACCUCGGUCCUCAAACACUUCUUCAAGGAGCUUCCAGAGCCGCUGUUGACCUUUGACCUGUACAAUGACUUCAUCGGGGUGGGCAAGGAGAUCCAGCGUCUCAGUGAGAGGGAGGCGGCAGCAGAGACUCCUGGGAUAGUGAAUGACCUCACAUAUAAUCUGAGAGACCUGCUGGAGAGACUGCCCCCAUACCGCUACUACACACUGCAGCAUAUGAUGCGUCACCUUCACAGAGUAUCAGAGAACUACGAGGAGAACAAGAUGUCUCCCAGUAACCUGGGCAUCGUGUUUGGUCCGACCCUGCUGCGCUCGCUGGUGUCUGUAGACGUGCCCAUGGUGGCCCUACUGGAGACCACCUACCAAGCCCUACUGGUGGAGUUCCUCAUCACACACCACCAACACAUCUUUGAUGCUCCACCUCCCGCCCCCACCACCCCCCUCCCCGACACCCCUCCCCGGGCGACGUGUUCAGGGGGGGCCCAGAAGACUGUUGCUGGGGUUGACCCUGGGUUUCAGGACCCCCCGACUGGAGGAGCCUCGUCCAAAGAACGCCCCCGUUCCCUAGAGUCGUGGCUGUGA